GCCUGUUCCUCCCGGCACUUGGUACCGCAGCGAUCGCGUGCCGGGACCCGAGCGCUCGACCGAAGGAUGCAGGAGGUGCUCGGGGCCGAUCGCUUUCCCGGGGGGGACACCGUAGAUCCCGUGAACAUCAACGGCAACGACAGUAACGACAUCAACAUCAACGACAGUAACGACAACGACGACGGACACGCCCCCCCCGCCGAGGAAGGCGCCGACUAUUUCCGGGAGGCCGAUCCGCCGCGCCCCUUCCCGGAAUCCGGAUCGGCUGGGGCGGCAACAAGGGAAUCGCAACCUUCCACGGCCGUCUCGUACCCGAACCUUCUGUCCCCCUUUUCCGGGAGCGUCGGGGUCGGGGUCUUUCGGAUCUCCCGGUGGUACUGCCUGCUUUCGGUCCUGUCGGCGUUCCUCGCCGUGGUGGCGGCGCCGUCUCCGAUCGAUCGCCUCGGGCACCUUGUGGCGUCGGGCGCACACCGAGCCCGGGCCGCGGAAGACCGCAACAACAACCACAACAGCAACAACCACAACCACAACAGCAACCACAACUACCACCUCCAGGUCCCGUCCACCCAGGCCUCGGUGGGGACAGCGAUCGGUGUCGACGAGCUCGUGGCCCGCGCCGCGUUUCUGGGCAUUGCUGCCUCGCGGCACACCGACCAACGGCAGGGGUCGUUGUCGCCGCCGCAUCCCGGCGGUGCGGAUGCCGAGGGAGGCCGGGAACCCCGGAAAGGCCGCCGCCGCCGGCCCGCCACCGAGCGACACGGAAGCGACCCCGAAGCCCGCAAGCGGGGCGGCGACGCGGGAUGCAUGUCCCGGUCCGAAGCCAAAGCCCGAGACCAAGACGAACCGGGCACCGUGGAGAGAACCGACACGAACGAGAACGAGAACGAGAACAAGAACGAGAACACGUACAAGAACAAGUACAAGUACAAGAACAGCCACACCAAAAACGAUAUUCGACGGCUGCCGCUGUCUUGGCUAAAGUACUGGGCCGAACAGACUGCCGAGCACGCCGGUGAGAUCGAGAGCGCUCGCAACCAAAAACAGAAUCCAAAGAUCCCUGCCGAGCGCAGUGUCUGGUGGAGGGGGCCGUUCCAAAAGAGCAAGAAUGCUAGAGACGACAAGGCCGCGGGAAACAACGAUGCUGCAAUCGAUGGUUCUUGCAGCAGCGAUGGCAAUGGCAAUGGCAAUGGCAAUGGCAAUAGCAAUGGCAAUGGAAAGGGUUCCUCCUCCUCUUCCACUGCCCCGCAGGACGACAAGGUCGGAAGCAAAGCCAGCAGGGAAUGGCAAUGGAUCGAUCCCAUCUUUUGGACGCACGACUCCCUUCCGGGCUUGGUGACGAGCAUCAUCGACAAAAUACUAAAGUCUACCCCUCGAUUGUGCGUCGUCACCAACUUCAUGCUGACCAUGACCUACCUGCUCCACUCGGCCGUGGCCGCCUGGUUUCUCUCGCACUCGGCCUUCCCGGGCGGCAUCGGCCAAAGCGGAACCGCGCAACGGCAGCAGGGAUCACCGCCCGACGAAAACCCCCCGGUCCUGGUCACGGACUGGUCCUUUGCAAACUCCUCGGCUGCCACCGGGGCAAGAGAGCGGAUGGGGGGCUUUCUGGUCUUCAAGCUCCUCCUGAUAUCCGCCGUGGUGGCCCCCGACACGCUCGACCUGCUCAUCCUACUCACCUGGUUCACCCUCCUGGGCUGCCUCCGGAGCCUGGACCACCUCGCCCAUUCCACCAACACACACCUGGUCGGGAGGGGCUUGCCCCCGGACAAGGGCGUCGUCCGCCUGCUCGCCUGGGUCCUGGCCUGCGACGCCCUGGCGGCCGGAUCGUGCGUUGCCCUCUUCCACACGGCGGGGCCUGGAAUGGUCCUCCUGCUCACCUGCGACUGCGCCCUCCUGGGGGCCGACGCGGCGGGCCACGUCCUAGGCUACUACAAGAGCCUCCUGGAUCACAAGCACGGCGAGGCCGUCCGGGGGCUGGAGGAACGCCAGCUGGCGCUCCACCAAACCCCCGACAACCACCACAACGACAACGACAGCAACCACAACGACAGCAACAACAACAACAACAACAACAACAACAACGGGAACGAAAGCUCCGCCGGCGAACAAGAGAGGGAUGCGCAGGAAGAGCCUUCGAGGCGGCUCGAAGUGCGACAGGCAUCCGAACGCCUGGACCGCGAAAUGGAACGCCUGGAGGUCGCCCACAACCGGCGAGUGGCGAUUCUGGACCGGGGGGUCUUUGCGCUGGAGAUGGCCUGCCACGUCCUCACCGUGGCCCAUUUCUGCCACAUCUGGAGCCUCAACGGCGUCCAGUUUACCCUCAUCGACGGCGUCCUCGCCCUCCACCUGCACUCGGCCAUCUCGUCGGCCUGCACCAAGCUGGCCCGCCGUCGGAACGUCCACAACAUCGCCCGGGACCUCCAGGGGAGGUUUCCGAACGCCACCGACGAGGAGCUGGACAAGGCAUCGGCGGCCGGCGACGUCUGCUGCAUCUGCCUCGGAUCGAUGACGACCGGGGGGAGCGUGAAGAAGCUCCGCUGCGGCCACCUCUACCACACGCACUGCCUCAGGGAGGUCAUCGAGCGCGCACAGAACCUGCGGUCGGCCCGGUGCCCCCUCUGCCGGGAGCCCCUGCUGGACCGGCCCCAGCCUCCGCAGGGGGAUCCCCCGCCGGCCGACGCCGAGACGGACAACGCCAGAGCCACGGUCACGGCCAAUCCCGAACCCCCCAGGGCCGGGGGUGCCGACCCGGCAAGGAGGCCCGCCGCCGAGGCGGGAGGAGGGGGCGGGGACCCGGCCCGGGGGGAAGGCGAGCGGGCCUUGUUUCGGUUCUCGACCGAGGGCAUCCUGCCGGUGUGGGUCCCCGUCCCCGCCUUUUCCUUCGAGGUGGUCCGGCGGCCCCCGAACGGGACCCAGGGAGCGGGGCCGCUUCGGAACGAACCCGCGGCAGCGGAGCCGCGCCCGCAAGCCCCCGGAACGGGGGCCGGCGAUCUUGCGAACGCACUCGGGCGGCGGCAGCAACACGAACACGAACCGUCGUUUCUCCAGCGCGUCCUGGCGCUGGCGGGGCUCGUGCCAAUGUCGCCGGAGGAGGAAGCCCGGGCGCUCGAGCAACUGGUAGACAUGUUCCCACAAUACGAUCGCCAAGACUUGCUCGGGGAGCUGAGGGACAGAGGGUCCAUCGAAGCCGUAACCGAAUCGAUCCUGAUGGGGAUCUUUCGGGGGGUUCCGCGGAGCUAGAAACUCGUCUUGGCAACCGUGCUCCGAUUGCACCAUCGCGGUCGCGUGCGAAAACAAAACGACACGAAACGAUUCAAAUUCUAGCAUUUCUACAAGCACAGAGCGUUCCAUUGCCUCCAACCAGUUGUUUGAUUUUCCAACCAAAGCUGAAAUCCGAUCGAUGUCGAAAGUGCAAAGACAAAUCUACUCUACGGUACGGGAUUUGGAGUGUCCGGCAUAUGUUCUGAGUGUCAGACUCUGCACCAAACUCACUUCUAAACCUGUAGGAUUUUAGCGAUAGAUUUUCACUACCACCUCCGAGUUGAAGGAUCCUUCUUAGGUACCAUUUUAUUCUGUCACAAGUGUGUUCGACUGUGGUGAAUUCUUACAGAGAAAGCUGCUACGAAUUAUUUUUCUUUUUUCUCUCGAGACGUGCAAAAUGGACGAAAUAAUAAUAUUCCAUCGGGGGUAAGUCUGGUUCGCCUUCCCCUAGUACAGAAUGGACUUCGCCCCCUCUGAACUAGGAUCAUUGUCAGAGCGACCCAUACAGUAAUUGCAAUUUUUGGAAGUAGUAAAAGUACUAGAAAUAGAUACUUUUUUCCCGGAAUCAGAUGUUGGUCUUACAAGCAAUAGUAAAAGAUUGGUGAUACGGUACGGAACGAGGUCGCACGAUCAAGAGAUGGUUGUACAUGGAGCAGUGGCGGAAUGCGUUUCAGGAAGUACUAUACUCGUUACUUGGCUAAUUGUGU